AUGAUCAAAGAUGCAGAAGCUAAGGGCCUAAUUACUCCUGGAAAGGUUUGGGGAAUUCGUUUCGAGAAUACUUAUUCUGUCCUAUUGACAACUGCUGAACUGAAAGGAUUUACUUCUACAGCUCGUGGCUACAAACUCGUAAUAGUGAUGGCAUCAUCGUAUAGUAUUGUGAGAAGGAUUGUUCUUAAAGCUUUUGGGGCUGAGUUAUACAUCACAGAUCCAGCAAAAGGUAUAGAUGGUGUGCUUCAGAAGGUCCAAGAGAUACUAGACAGGACCCCAAACAGUCAUUUUCUUCAUCAGUUUGAGAAUCCUGCCAAUACAAAUAACUUGUUCAUUAAUUUGCUAUAA